CAAGUGACACAGUGCAAUUGAGAUGAUGGAGAAUCCUCUCUUUCCUCUAAAUAGCAUUAACACCACAUGGGUGAACCCCCGCUUUACAACCUGGGCAAUGGAUAUGAUCCUUGCCUUUGUGGUUGGACUGGGGAUCUAUCUCCUUUUAUUUCCUCACCUCCAGGGUAAUCCAUCCUUCCCACCACCAAGGAAAAAAGAAAAACUCUGGAAGCAUGUGAAGGUGAAGAAGGUGCUGUACAAGUGCAGGAAGAAGAGUGGAACUCUGAAAGGUAACACCUUGCCCUUUUAUCCCAGAGAUGGUAUAUUGUCCCCUUUCUCCAAGAGUUCAGAGCCAUGUUCCAGAGGAAGUUGGUUGCAGAGACCUGAGAGGGAAGAUGUUGGUUUAGGCAAUCGCCGGAUGAAUCUGAUGGAGAUUCAGAAUCUGAUUUUACUUCUGCAAAGUCUCCUAGGUAAGCUCUGGGACAAGGACAGUUCUCCUCUACUGGUAAAUGAAGACGUUGCAAGUGAGGUGUUCAUCCAAGAGCCUGCUGGAGUUCAAGAGCUACCUCAUCAACAUUUAGAAGAUCCUUCUAACAUCAUACCCUCAUUAGGUUCUCUAGCUCCUCUGACCAAACACACUCUGCCUUGGGCCUCAUCCUUAUCAGAAGAACAUGAAGACAAGUCUGACUUGAAUAGAAACACACUGGACAUUGUUCCACAGAGCUCUCUUGUAGGUCACUCAUACUGGGCAUCCCUGAUCACCACCAUCUCAGGCCUAGACUGCGUAAGCUAUUCAAUUUUGUUCCUCUCCUGGUGGUGGGCAACUGCCAAGCUCUUAUUUUUCUCUACCUGGGUAUAUGGAAAAUCCAAGCAAGAACAUAUUUUUCACCAUCCAUCAGACCCCACAAUCUCAGUAGACCCCACACGAUGGCAAGUAGAGUCUGGAGGCCUCUCUUUCAUCAACUCUGAUGUACAGACACUCCUAGAAAUGCCAAUCACCAAAAGAGCAGAACUAAAAGUGUGGAAGGAAAAUAUUAAAAAUGGGUCCUCUUUCAAACAAAUGAGUCCAGAUUACACCAUGUAUUCUCUGGGAAACAUGUUGGAAUUAAUGGGUAGCAAGAGAGACACCACUGCACAAAUCUUCGGGAACACAAAAGACAAACCAGAGCAGCUUCAUGAUUCUCAGGAUUUCUCUUACCACAAGGACUUGGGGAGUACUUUAGAGAAAAAAUACAGCCAGCUGUUCUGGGGCCUGCCCUCUCUGCACAGUGAGUCCCUGGUGGCUACUGCUUGGGUCUCUAAGAGGUCCUCUACUGCACAAUGUAAACAUGUAGCAUUCAACAUAGUCUCAGAAUCUCUCUCAGUUCAACAUCAGGAUGAAGAAACUGCACAGAUUUCUCAGGAGGAGCUCUUUUCCCAGGAGGAGGCCCAAUCCCAACUUUUGGCACAAAACUUGUCCCCAUCUGUGGCUCAGGGUCAGACCCUGUUUAGCACUUCAUACACUUUUCCAAACCUACCACCUUCUUCAUCCCAGAUUCAGCCUGGCACAACAACUUGUUCUAAAUCUGAAAAGAAGGAACAGACUUUCUUCCCAACUGAAGAACAACAUUCAGAAUGUCCCUUGCAGAACCAAAGGGAAAUCUUAUUCUCUGAGAUCCAAAAGACUCUGGAAGACCUUUACCAGCCAGCUCUCAACCUUCCUCGGGGAAGAUGGGCUUCCCAAAUUUCCAACUCUGUCUCAAUAGCUGCUGGGGAUUCUGCCAGCCAGGAACUAGAGAAUAGACUUGAGCAACAUAUUCAAGAAAAGUUAAUCAGUGAUCAACCACAGCUAGGCCCUCACUGUAGAUUUCUCGAAUCUCAGGAACAGAUAGAGCCUCAGGAUCAAUAUCCAGGGAAGAGUCAAUGCCACAAAAAUGAUGACUCUGGCCCCUCACAGUCCAGCCAGUCAGCACUUACUGAUAAUGAUCUGCAGAAUAUGGAGCAGCCCAGCCAGUCAACACUUGCUGGUCAUGAUCUGAAGAAGAUGGAGACUAAGCACACUGAAAGACUCUCUACAAUGGGCUCUGUAACCUUCAAACUAGAUUUCCCAAACAAGGAUCUAGAACCAGAACUACAGAAGCAGUCAGUAGAUAUAUCCUGGAGCUCAGGAAGCACCUUGGGGAAGAUUCAAAAUGACAAUAAGGAGGUUUCAGAAAGUUACUUGAGGAGGAACAGGAAGGGUAUUCCAGAAAGUGACUUAUCUACAGGCCUAGACAAGAAAAUUGUGGAAAAAGUCCUGCAAGACCAUCUAAGCAGAAAGUCAGUGCAGAUAAAGGAGGGCAUGAUCCCUGUGUGUGUACGUGGAUCCUGGCUUGCUGCCAACUAUGCUUUUCCAAAGUCCUACAUGCACAGAAAACCCAUCUAUCUAGCCUCCUCCAAGUACCAGCAAUCCUAUGUAAACACUGUUCAGCAGCUUUCCUUUCUUGACCCUGGAACUCACCUGAAGCUAGAAACAGAUAUUAUGAGGUCUCGGGUGAGGCGCAGGUGGAGUCCAUCCCUCCAGGCUUUUGAUCCCCUUAAUUACACCUUAAGUGAGGCUCAAACCUCACCCCUUCCACAGCCUGCCUUUUCCUCCUCAGCCUACAGUGACUACAGGGCCAUUUCCAUUGCCAAAAUUGGCAGUCUCCUGGAAGAACUUCCUCAGAAAGGUCAGAGAAAGAGGGUAAUAAGAAAAAUUUUAUUUCCCACUUUACAUAACCCCCUUCCUGCACUCUCACAUUCAGAAGCUCAGAAGACCCUGCAAGGAACCCCAAUGGGUGGCAGGCAUAUGACUUCAAAUGCCUACAUGUCUUCUGAUACCUAUAGCCAUCUGGACAUGAACCAACAGAGUACAGUUUUUAGAGGUAUUGGGAAAGCUAGCCUGGAGCCCAGUCUAAGCCUGGAUAUGGCCAGUUAUGAGCCACUGAAACAGAGUAAAGAUGUGGCCUCAGGAGACCCAUAUCCUGGUGCGACAAUGCUGGAAAUUAAGGUAGGGACCCAAUCCUCAACAGCUACAAAGACAAAGGAGACAGAGUUGGAGAAGAAGAAAUCAUCUGAAUGGGAAGUGACAGUGGAAGCCUCUGUGAUGGCAAACUCCCAAACCAUCAAUGUGAAUCUGAAGAAUGUAGGGUCUCUGGGAAACAUGAAAAGCCCCUCCCCGUCUAGAAUAUCUAUUUCACAAGAUCCAGGAGACCAAAACCUGAAUACAAAGAUAGGUAGUGGUUUUCAGGUCAAAGUGGAGUUUGAGUCAGAGGAGCAACACCAAGACCAGUUCACUGGAGUCCAGCAAGAUUGCCUCACUAAUGAGCUCUCCACCACAGACAUUUCACAUUCUGGGGUGUCCUUGUCCAACUCAAAGAGCUUUUGCAGGAUUCACAAGUCAAUAUCCCAAGCUCUAUGUAAUGCUGUAAUGAAAGCAGGGAGCAGCCAGGAGCAGGAGGAAUCCAAAGUCACAAAUAUUGAGGUUCCUGGAAAGAAUGACACUGAAAUGAUUUGUCUAAAUAAAAGCCAAGAGAGCUUUGGGAGGUCCAGACCAAGAGAGGAGGAAGGAAGUUCCCUAGAGUGUGGGUUGAGCCCUUCUGACAAAGUCAAGGACAUAGACACUACUUCAACAAAGUCCUUCUCUUGCUUUCCAGAGAAGGAACAGAAUCCUCCAAUAAGCUAUUGUAAUAUCAAAAUGAAGGACUUUGUGCAGUCUUUUAACAAUCAUCAAAAAGGAAAAGGGAAGGAAAAUUCCCUGAAUAAAGUCAACCUCCUGUCAGCUACCACCCAUACCCAGAAAUCAGCCACAAGCCAAAUAUUCAAGGAGAUUAGGGUGCUUGAACCCCAGGCCCUCAUGAGAGUUGUUGGACAGACCCUUAUGGACAAGCUGAUACUUCAACGUAGAAGUAUUUCAACAGAGAUAUAUGGGCAUAAAGAAGAACCCCAGAUGCUACUGGGUAGGCAAUCCUGUCAACCCAAGGGUUCUUCCUACCCAGAGAGAAGACAAAUGUUUAUAGACAUUGCCUCUGGUCCCCAAGCAAAACCAAAGGACCACAGCCCCAAGAACAAGUGGGCAGAAGACAAUAACUGGACCUGCAAGCCUAGGAAUGUUGAGCCUCCAGCCACCCCCUUCCAACUCAGGCCAAUUGGGGUGAGCACAUUGAGUCACCAUCAUUACCCAACUUGUUUUUUUCAAAAUGGUGAUGUGCAUGGUCAACCAGGUCUUGUUUACCAUGAGUUUCCUGGUGAAAAAACUUUCAGAAAAAAAUGAAUUCAAGGGGAAGAAAAACUGUCAUCAUGUGAACCCCUUCUCUAAAGACUAAUGUCUUCUUCCCUUCUGGGAUUUCAAUUGCUUCCUAAUAAAUUGUUUUUUUCCUUUUCU